GCCCCAGGCUCCCAGCAUCGGAUCUCGGCUCAGAGUGCUUUUGGGCGUCGGGCAAGAUGGCUGCUCGCGGCCUGGGCCGCAGCCUGGGAAGAUUCCUGUGCAGCCCCAGCUGGCGCUCGGGGAAGCCGGUGAGGCCGCUGCGCGGGGUGAGCGCCCCCGCCGCAGCCACCGCGCAGCUCGGCUCGUACCAGGCGCAGAGCGUACAGGCGGCCCGGGAACCGGCAGCUUUCUGGGGGCCGCUGGCGCGGGACACGCUCGUGUGGGACACCCCCUAUCACACCGUCUGGGAUUGUGACUUCAGCAGCGGCAAGAUCGGCUGGUUCCUGGGAGGCCAGUUAAACGUGUCUGUUAAUUGCUUGGAUCAGCAUGUUCAGAAGUCCCCAGAGAGCAUCGCUUUGAUCUGGGAGCGGGACGAACCUGGAACUGAAGUGAGGAUCACCUACAGGGAACUACUGGAGACCACAUGCCGCUUGGCCAACACACUGAAGAGACAUGGAAUCUCUCGAGGGGACCGUGUGGCGAUCUACAUGCCUGUUUCCCCACUGGCUGUGGCUGCAAUGCUAGCCUGUGCCAGGAUUGGAGCUGUCCACACGGUUAUCUUUGCUGGCUUCAGUGCGGAGUCCCUGGCUGGGAGGAUCAAUGAUGCUAAGUGCAAGGUGGUCAUCACCUUCAACCAAGGACUCCGGGGAGGGCGUGUGGUAGAGCUGAAGAAGAUAGUGGAUGAAGCUGUGAAGCAGUGCCCGACCAUCCAGCAUGUUCUGGUGGCUCACAGGACAGACAACAAGGUCCACAUGGGGCAUCUGGACAUCCCCCUCGAGCAGGAAAUGGCCAAGGAGGACCCUGUGUGUGUCCCAGAAAGCAUGGACAGUGAGGACAUGCUCUUCCUGCUCUAUACCUCAGGGAGCACUGGAGUACCCAAGGGACUCGUCCACACACAGGCGGGCUACCUGCUGUACGCCGCUCUGACGCACAGGCUUGUGUUUGACUACCGGCCAGGUGACGUUUUUGGCUGUGUGGCUGACAUUGGCUGGAUCACAGGACACAGCUACGUGGUAUAUGGACCUCUGUGCAAUGGAGCGACCACUGUUCUUUUUGAGAGCACCCCGGUUUACCCUGAUGCUGGUCGAUAUUGGGAGACAGUACAGAGGUUAAAGAUCAACCAGUUCUAUGGAGCCCCAACGGCUGUCCGGCUGUUGUUGAAAUAUGGCAACUCCUGGGUGAAGAAGUAUGACCGCUCCUCCCUGCGGACCCUGGGGUCAGUGGGAGAACCAAUCAACCGUGAGGCCUGGGAGUGGCUCCACAAGGUGGUGGGGGACCGCAGAUGCACUCUGGUGGACACCUGGUGGCAAACAGAAACAGGUGGUAUCUGCAUCGCCCCACGCCCCUCAGAAGAAGGAGCAGAAAUCCUCCCUGCCAUGGCGAUGAGGCCCUUUUAUGGCAUCAUCCCCGUUCUGAUGGACGAGAAGAAGAAUGUUAGUUUUUGCCUUCUGAAGCACAACCUGCCACUUCUCUCACAUGUGUGUCUCCGGGUCUGUAGGGAAAUGUUGUAUAGGGCGGUAAUGUCUCUGGGGCUCUGUGCCUGUCCCAGGCCUGGCCAGGCAUGGCCAGGACCAUCUAUGGAGACCACCAGAGAUUCAUGGAGGCCUACUUCAAGCCUUAUCCAGGCUACUACUUCACCGGAGAUGGGGCUUACCGGACUGAGGGCGGCUACUACCAGAUCACUGGGCGGAUGGAUGAUGUCAUCAACAUUAGCGGUCAUAGGCUGGGGACCGCUGAGAUUGAGGAUGCAAUGGCUACCCACCCUGCUGUGCCAGAGACUGCUGUCAUUGGCUACCCCCAUGACAUCAAAGGAGAAGCUGCAUUUGCCUUCAUUGUGUUGAAGGACAACGCAGGUGACCCAGAUUUGGUGGUGAAGGAGCUCAGGUCAGCAGUGGCCAACAAGAUUGCCAAGUAUGCCGUGCCCGAUCAG